AUGGAUAUUCGAAGUCAAUUCCCUCACGUGCGUUGGAUUUGGGAGGGAGGUAUCUCCUUUAUUUACGAGGUCCACCCUCGCAUUGUGGUCAAGAUCCCUCAACAGGAAGAAUCAGAACGAGAGCAGUUCCAAACAGAACUCGAGAUAUACAGGGUAUUCUCACAGAGCCCACUAUGCCCAUAUAUCGUUCAAUGUUAUCUCUUGGCAGAGACUGGUAUCUUCAUGGAGUACAUGAGAGUCACAAAGGUUCAAAAGCUGGAACCUCUGCUCUUGCGACUGGAAUGGAUGAAUGAUCUUACGCAAGCUGUCGCUUUCCUGGAAUCGCUAAAUCUCGCUCAUGGUGACCUACGACCCAAAAAUGUCCUGCUUGAUUGA